GUGUCGGAUCGGUCUGUGCUUGGGACCUGGCCUUCGUCGGUCACGAAGAUCGUGGAGCUCAUCGAGGGAGCGUGCUACACGUACGACAAGGGGGAGGCCAACAUCAUGAAGACAGGGAUCAAGGCAGGCAAGACUGCUCAGGAGGUUGUGGAAGAGUACGACCCUUGGCAGAAGUUGGUCCAGGAGCUCGAUGCCACGAUUGCACAGGAAGGCUCCGUGGUGCAAGCGCGCGGUGAGGGCGAUGAUGACCAGGAGCCAAGCUCAUCCGGAGCCAAGGCGGCGGUUGCUGACGCCGCUGAUGCUCUGAAGGGGCCGAAGCUUGUGGCGGUGACGGCUGCUGGCAUAGAUCUGGCUACCGUCGAGGAUGGCUGGCUCUCGUACAUGGAGAAGAUGGUGCAGAAGCAUCUUGUUCUGGUUACGGAAAAAGGCCUCUCCCAGUCUCAGCUUGUGAAGGCCCUUGAGAAGCACUCGCUCGUGUACGUGACGACCCGGAUGCUCGACUCCUCGCUCCGGGCACCGUUUUCCUCUGCUUGGGGAAGGAAGCGCUCGACCAUUCUGCUGAACCACUUCGGCAUGGCGAGCGAGCGCAAGCACGACAAAGGACGCAAGAUCAAGGGUGGGAAGACGGUGGCGCGUGAGAUUAUGCUCCACUUCACCGAGUCUUCGGUCCAGGCGAAAAAGUACAGAAAGAAGAACAAGGCGGGAUAG